AGAAUACACGAGCUACUUCUACCACAACAACAUUUGUCAGAGUUUUUCGUGCUAAUUCUAAGCCAAUGUUGUAACGUGGGCAGUAAGUCAAAAAGCACUGGAUUUGUGGAUUUGGUUCUUGGAAUAUUAAGACUUUAACCGCUGUUUAACUCUCCGCCCAUUGUUCUUUCAAUAAAGUUAAUCACAAUUCCAGAAUGCGGAGAUUCGUAGCUGAAAAAGCCAAAAAUCUCAUCACUAAAACCAGGACCACCUAUUCUUCUCCUUGUACUACUACUUACGUGUUACAACGCCACACUUCUUCCCCAUUACCCUCACCUUCUCAAUCAGCUUCUGUUCUUCGUUUUUUGUCCACUCUUCACCCCUCCGCUUCUGAUUCAAUGGCUUCCGAUUAUUCAUCUACUCCGGUUACUCUUAACAACGUUAAUCCAAAGGUUUUGAAAUGUGAGUAUGCUGUCCGUGGAGAAAUUGUCAACCUUGCUCAGAAAUUACAGCAAGACCUCAAGGAUAAUCCAGGCUCUCAUCCCUUUGAUGAGAUCUUAUACUGCAAUAUUGGAAAUCCUCAAUCCUUGGCUCAGCAGCCUAUUACUUUCUUUAGGGAGGUCCUUGCAUUAUGUGACCAUCCAGUUAUUUUGGACAAAAGUGAAACACAAGGCCUGUUCAGUGCGGAUUCAAUUGAACGAGCUUUCCAGAUCCUCGAUCAAAUUCCUGGCAGAGCUACAGGUGCAUACAGCCACAGUCAGGGCGUCAAAGGCUUACGUGAUACAAUCGCAUCUGGCAUUGAAGCUCGUGAUGGCUUCCCUGCUGAUCCAAAUGAUAUUUUCUUGACUGAUGGUGCAAGCCCAGCGGUUCACAUGAUGAUGCAGUUGCUCAUUGGGUCAGAGAAUGAUGGAAUUCUUUGCCCUAUCCCCCAAUAUCCACUUUAUUCCGCUUCAAUUGCCCUCCAUGGUGGCACUCUCGUUCCCUAUUAUCUUGAUGAAGAAACAGGAUGGGGACUGGAGAUCUCAGAGCUUGAGAAUCAGCUAAAAAAUGCAAAAUCCAAGGGUAUUAAUGUUAGGGCUUUGGUUGUGAUCAAUCCAGGCAACCCAACUGGGCAGGUUCUUGCUGAGGCCAACCAACGAGAUAUUGUGGAAUUCUGCAAGAAAGAAGGCCUUGUUCUUCUGGCGGAUGAAGUGUAUCAGGAAAAUGUUUAUGUGCCUGAGAAGCAGUUCCACUCAUUUAAGAAAAUUGCGCGCUCUAUGGGAUUUGGAGAAAAGGACCUCUCUUUAGUUUCUUUUCAGUCUGUGUCAAAAGGAUUUUAUGGGGAGUGUGGAAAGCGAGGAGGUUACAUGGAGGUCACUGGAUUUAGCCCUGAGAUAAGGGAACAGAUAUACAAAGUGGCAUCUGUCAAUCUGUGUUCCAACAUUUCUGGUCAGAUUCUUGCAAGCCUCGUCAUGAGCCCCCCAAAGGUGGGUGAUGAAUCAUACGAGUCUUUUAGUGCUGAGAAAGAAGCUAUACUCUCAUCCUUGGCAAGGCGUGCAAAGACACUAGAAGAUGCAUUCAACAGUUUGGAGGGUGUAACAUGCAAUAAAGCAGAGGGCGCAAUGUAUCUAUUUCCACGUAUUAACUUACCAGCUAAAGCAAUAAAAGCAGCAGAAGAAGCUAAAACUGCACCAGAUGCCUUUUAUGCUCGACGCCUCCUCAAUGCCACUGGAAUUGUUGUUGUCCCUGGGUCUGGAUUUGGCCAGCGUCCUGGAACGUGGCAUUUUAGGUGCACAAUAUUACCGCAGGAAGAGAAGCUACCAGCUAUUGUAUCUCGUCUUACAGAUUUCCAUAAGCAGUUCAUGGAUGAAUUCCGCGGCUAAGGAAUCAUAGGAGUACAUUCUAUUGCAGCCCCUGAUUAUAGAGAAAUUUUGAAUAAGCACAUCUUUGUAUGUUCUAUUUCCAUCCUCACCAGAAACAGUUGUACUUGAGUAGUGAAAACUGAUAGGAUUGUUUGGCACUACAAAUUGGGGGGUUGUUUACCCUUGUUUUAUUUGUAUUUGACCUAACAUUGAUCUUCUCUCCUUCUAGAUGAUCAUCAAUGUGAAGAUUGCUUUGUAUGCCAAACAGGUCAAGCUUUAGCCAAAGUUAAUAUGGUAAAUCAAAAUUUAAACGUA